ACAGACGCUAUGGCUCCGAAGAAAGCAAACAAGCGUGCAGGGAAGCCCCGCACAACCUUGCUGGCCCGUGGUGUCCCAUCUCUGAGUCAUGCCGCGACUGUGAAGAAGGGGGGGCGGUAUAGGUUCUUCGGCAAGGGCGGGAAGAAGGCUGCGGCGCCCGCGCCUGCUGCGGGCAAGGCGCCUCGCUUCUACCCGGCUGACGACAUCCCUGUCCCUCGUCGCAGUGCGCGCCACAUUCAGAAACCGACCAAGCUUAAGGCAGGUAUCAAGCCCGGUUCUGUGCUGAUUAUGCUCGCUGGCCGGUUCCGUGGCAAGCGCGUGGUUUUCCUGAAGCAGCUGGCGUCGGGCACGCUCCUCGUAACGGGCCCUUACUCAUUGAAUGGUGUCCCUCUCCGCCGAGUCAAUCAAGCCUAUGUAAUUGUCACCAGCCAAGUGGUGGAUAUCUCAGCCGUCAAGGUGCCUGACACGUUGAAUGAUGCGUAUUUCGCGGUCCCGGCGGAUGUCAAAGGCAAGGAGACGAUCCUUGCCGCUGGUGCGGGGAAGAAGGCGACUGAGGUGUCUGAGUCGCGCAAGAAGGACCAGAAGGCGGUGGACGAGCAGGUGCUGGUAGCUGUCAAGAAGGUGGCGCAAUUGGAUGGGUACUUGAAGGCGCGAUUUUCCUUGAAAAAGGGCGUGAAGCCGCACGAGAUCAAGUUCUAAGGAGGUGGAAGGGAUGAUGGGAGGAUGCUUUGUGUUGGUUGUUGGGCGUUGUUCAUGAUAGGGUUUCUGGAUCGGUAGGAUCCGUCUGUCGUCAUUCUUAGCUCUCUCUCUCACUUUGAGGGAUGAUACUCAUCAACAUGGUGGGAGGAAUGCGGCGCCCACCACAUCCACGAUCGAACAUUAGUCGCCCCCGGGCACACGUCGAAAUAACUUAAUUGAGGCGGGCGCAUA